AAGAGGGAGAGAACCAACCGAGCCGCGCUCCGGAUCGAGCGGCCGCCCCGCGGGAGCAGCGCAGGUUGCAGCUUGCUUGGGGAUCGACUUCGCCGGAGCGCCCGAUCUCCUCCUCCUCCUCUUCCUCGGAGCCUCUUCCCCGAUCCUAACCGGUUCGGGGCUCAGCCCGAUCGGCCUCCCUUGGCGGCGGAUCUCCCACGCCCGGCUCUUUGCAGGCGGGCGGGCGGCUGGGCGGCCAAAGUCCCCGGGAAAAACAUGGCGAGCCGGCCGGUGCCCGUCGCUGAGCUCCGGUGCCCGGUGGCUUUGCUGCGGCUGCGGCUUGGGGUGUUGGUGGUGAUAGCGGCGGCCCUGCUGGGGUCUCCUUCAUCGGGUCAGCCGGUCUCCUUCCAGGCCGACGUGAACGGCUACAGCCUGCACCCGCCUUACUUCAACCUGGCCGAGGGCACCAAGAUCUCGGCCACCGCGACCUGCGGCGAGGAAGAAGCCGGCGGCCGGAGCCCCCCGCGCCCCGUGGAGGAUCUGUAUUGCAAACUCGUGGGAGGGCCGGUCUCGGGUGGGGAGCCCAACCAGACCAUCCAGGGACAGUAUUGUGACAUCUGUUCGUCAGCCAACAGCAACAAAGCCCAUCCCAUCACGAAUGCGAUCGACGGGACCGAACGCUGGUGGCAGAGCCCGCCUCUGUCUCGAAGGCUGGAAUUCAACGAGGUCAAUGUCACCUUAGAUUUGGGACAGUUGUUCCAUGUGGCCUAUGUACUGAUUAAGUUUGCAAAUUCUCCCCGCCCGGAUUUGUGGGUGCUAGAACGUUCAACUGAUUUUGGAGUGACAUAUGAUCCUUGGCAGUAUUUUGCCUCUUCCAGGAGAGAUUGCAUAGAGAAAUUUGGCCUCAAGAGCAGAGAGAAGAUUACUAAAGACAAUGAUGUCAUUUGUACUACUGAAUAUUCCCGCAUUGUGCCUUUGGAAAACGGGGAGAUUGUGGUUUCCUUGGUGAAUGGGCGUCCAGGAGCCAUGAAUUUCACGUAUUCCCCUCUUCUGCGGAAUUUCACCAAAGCAACGAAUAUCCGUUUACGCUUCCUGAGAACCAACACUCUGCUCGGACACCUGAUGGGGAAGGCCUUGAGGGAUCCCACUGUGACCAGGAGGUAUUACUACAGCAUCAAAGAUAUCAGCAUCGGAGGACGUUGCGUCUGCCAUGGUCAUGCUGACGUAUGUGACGCCAAGGAUCCUAAAGAUCCUUACAGGUUACAGUGUGACUGUCAACACAAUACCUGUGGUGGGUCGUGUGAUCACUGUUGUCCAGGAUUCAACCAAUUGCCUUGGAAACCAGCCACUACCGACAGUGCCAAUGAAUGUGAACCCUGUAAUUGCAAUGGCCAUGCCUAUGACUGCUAUUAUGACCCGGACAUUGAGCAUCAGAAAGCCAGCAAGAAUCGUUACGACCAGUUUGAAGGAGGAGGGGUCUGCAUUGACUGUCAGCAUCAUACAACGGGCGUUAACUGUGAGAGGUGCAGUCCGGGAUAUUAUAAAUCCCCUGAUCAUUCCAUAGAUUCACCUUAUAUUUGCUACCGCUGCAACUGUGACUCGGACUUUACCGAUGGCACUUGUGAAGAUUUCACUGGCCGCUGCUAUUGCAAGCCAAACUACUCAGGAGAACAUUGCGAUGCUUGUGCAGACAAUUACGUGAACUUCCCCCAUUGCUACCCGAUCUCAAUUUUAUCUUACAAUGCUACUGGAGAACAGGUCCUUCCAGCUGGGCAGAUAAUAAACUGUGACUGCAACGUUGCUGGAACAAGAGGCAACACCUGCAGGAAAGAUGCUCAAAGUGGGUUGUGUUUGUGUAAACCAAACUUCCAAGGGACGCAGUGUGAUCAGUGUGUACCUGGCUACUACGGACCAAAUUGCCAACCUUGCCAGUGCUCGGGGCCUGGAUUCUACGAAGGUACCUGCGACAACGAAACUGGACAGUGUCUGUGCCGAACUGGGUUUCAAGGAUACUUAUGCAACUCGUGUGCUCCUGGCUAUUUCAACUACCCACUAUGUCAACUUUGUGGCUGCAGUGCUAUUGGGACUUUGCCCGACGGCUGUGAUGCUUCCGGAAAAUGCUACUGCAGACCUGAAUAUGGCGGACCUCAUUGUGAUCAGUGCAGUUUUGGAUAUCACUCCUACCCUCACUGCCAAGCUUGUUCGUGUGACCUUCGGGGCUCGGUGGACAGCAAUUGCAACUCCAUUGGUCAAUGCAACUGCCAUUCCAAUUAUGUCGGAAAAAGGUGCAACCACUGUGCCCCAGGCUUCUAUGGGUUCCCUUCUUGCACAGCUUGUCUCUGCUCCAUAGAAGGUGCUCUUUAUGAUACCUGCGAUCAAGAAACUGGUCAGUGUACUUGCCGUCCCAGAGUAAGUGGGCUGCGCUGUGAUGCUUGCAUUCCUGGGGCCUAUGGAUUCCCAGACUGUCAAGUGGGAUCUUGCAAUCCUGCAGGGCUUGUACAUGAAGAUCAUUCUCUACCUGAGGGUUCCUGUGAAUGUCGGGCCUAUGUGGAAGGUGAAGCUUGUGAUAAAUGCAAACCGCUCUAUUGGAACCUGACUCCAGAGAAUCCAUUUGGAUGCACAAGCUGCCAAUGCAAUACCAUAGGAACAUUGGCAGGCGUUGCUGAAUGCCAACAGAGUGACGGACACUGUUUCUGCAAGCCAAACAUUUGCGGCCAAAAGUGUUCUACUUGUCGGGAGGGAUACUUCAAUCUGGAGAGCGGUAAUUACUUCGGCUGUAAAGGAUGCCAUUGUGACAUCGGGGGAUCAGUUGGUCCUUUGUGUGAGGAGACGACGGGAUCUUGUCAGUGCAGGCACAAUAUCAGGGGACCUGCAUGCUCUGAUCCUGCAAAAGGCUAUUAUAUCCCUGACCUUCAUCACCUGAAAUAUGAGCUGGAAGAGGGAACCACCGUGGAUGGAAGGCCGGUUCGCUUUGGCUACAGUCCUCUGGAAUUUGAGAAUUUCAGCUGGAGGGGAUAUGCACAAAUGUCCCCCAUCCAGAACAAAGUCAAAAUCACGAUCCACGUACGAGAAGGAGAGCUCUACCUCUUUCAUGUCAUCUUGAGAUACAUCAAUUCAGGAAGCACGACAGUACUGGGCAAAAUCACCGCUUCUCAGCCACGAAAACGAGGUACUGAACAGAUUAAGCAGAUUGUAUUUGGGCCAACCCAAGAGCCGACAUUUGUCACUGUUCCUCACCACAGCUUUGGAGAACCAUUUGUGUUAAGUCCCCAUGUUUGGUCCCUGAUCAUUGAAGCUGAAGAUGUCCUCCUUGAUUAUCUGGUUCUGCUUCCCAGCUCUUAUUACGAAGCUCCUAUAUUGCAAUAUAAAGUAUCGGAUCCUUGUACCUAUAGCCCAGCUCCUGAACAUGUGGGUCAAAAUUGCUUCCUAUAUAAGUACUUGCCUGUGGAGCAGUUCUCAUUUGUGUCAGGCAAAGAUGCUUUGUGCAAGUUGGACAACAAUUUACCAAGUCCUUGUCCUGUAGAGCAGAUCUUUCCUACCUUCCCCAAAUUGGUGCAGUGUAGUGGCACUCAGGUGGAAGUACAACUGGUAAUUCCUGUACCCCAGCCAGGGAAAUAUGUGCUUCUGAUGGAGUAUGCCAAUGAAGAUACUCCACAGACUAUCGAGGUAUCUGUGAGCACACCACAGAAGGUUCCUCGGCUGGGCACUCUUACGAUAUACACCUGCAAAUACAGUUUCCUUUGUCGUGGGAUCGUGGUAGAUUCUCAAAGCCGUUUAGCAGCAUUUGAACUUGACACCGAGGCGAGAGUUCAGUUCACGGCAGGUCAAGCCCACUUUUUCCUGUACAAAGUGUACUUGGUCCCCUACGAGCUAUUCACUCUGGAGUUUUUGGAGCCAAAAGUUCAUUGCAUCAGUACCCAUGGGACGUCAUCGCUGAACAGUAGUUCCUGUGUCCCAUCAAGAUAUCAGAAGAUUUCACAAUCAGUUGUCCUGGAGGAAGGACAGUCGCUACCCAUUGCUCCAGACUUGCCCUUAAUUCACGCCAUUAGCAUCCCACCAGAAGGCAGUCUGCCAGCUUCUGCACCUCAACCUCCAACUUUGAUAGACACCUCCGCAAAACUCAUUUUCUUAAGAGCGCCACAGACAGCUGUUGUGUUAAACGGCCAUAUUCAAACUCCAGGGCGCUAUGCUUUCAUCCUGCAUUGUUAUCAGCCUGAUCACCCAACUUUCCCUGUUGAAGUGUUGAUCAACGGAGGGCGGAUUUGGCAGGGACAAGCUAAUGCUACUUUCUGCCCGCAUGGAUAUGGUUGCCGGAGUCUGGUGGUUGCAGAGAACCAAAUUGUUCUGGAUAUCACAGAAAAUGAUCUGAGUGUAGUAAUCCGUGUGCCAGAAGACCGGCAUCUUUGGGUGGAUUAUAUCCUUGUGGUUCCUGAAAGCAUUUAUGGCUCCAACUAUCUUUCGGAAGAACCGCUGGACAAAUCCUACGAUUUCAUCAGCAGCUGCGGAGUCAACAGCUUCUACAUCAACCCUGUAACUUCAUCCAGGUUCUGCCAGGACUCUGCCAUCUCCAUUUCUCUUUUUUACAAUGGGGCUGAACCUUGUCAUUGCCAUGAGGCUGGUGCUGUUUCGAGCCAGUGUGAGCCAUUUGGGGGCCAAUGUACAUGCAGGUCCAAUAUCAUUGGGCGCGAAUGUUCCCGCUGUGCCACUGGAUAUUGGGGUUUUCCCAAUUGCCGACCCUGUGAUUGUGGAUUUCGCCUGUGCGAUGAAGUGACGGGACAAUGCAUCUGCCCACCACGUACUGUUAGACCAGAGUGUGUGGUCUGUGAACCCCAAACCUUUGGCUGUCACCCCCUGGUGGGCUGUGAGGACUGCAACUGUUCGAGUUCUGGGAUCCAAGAUCAGACCAAACCAGGAUGUAAUAUAGAGAGUGGACAAUGCCAAUGCAAGCCCAACAUCGUAGGACGUCAGUGUGAUCUCUGUGCCCCAGGCUAUUACGGCUACCCCAACUGCAGGGCUUGUGACUGCCAUGAAGCAGGGACAAAACCAAGCAUCUGUGACCCGGUCACUGGAGAAUGUCACUGCAAGGAAAAUGUGGAAGGCCCGAGGUGUGAUCAGUGCCAUUUGGGGACAUUCUCCCUUGAUGCCAGCAAUCCUAAAGGCUGCACCAAGUGUUUCUGUUUUGGGGCAACCGAUCGCUGCCACAGUGCCAGAAGUACCUUCACUGACAUGAGUGGGUGGACUUUGCUGAGUGGAGACCGCCAAGGAGCUUCCACUUCAGUCAGCUUGGAAGACGAGACUGUUCACGCUGAUCUUCGGCAGUUUCCAGAUGCUUUCCAGGAACUUUAUUGGCAUGCCCCCAGUUCUUAUCUUGGAGAUCAGGUCUCCUCUUAUGCUGGAUAUUUGAAGUAUGAGUUGCAUUCAGACAUUCAAAGGGGCGAUGUGUUCAUACCGAUGGAAUCCCCGGCGGAUGUUAUCCUCAAGGGAAACCAAAUGAGUAUUAUGUUUGUUGAAGAGUCGUAUCCCGCUCCUGGAGAGGUUUUAUAAAGGAGAGCUUCAACUGUGGAGGGUAAUUUUAGACACACUGAGACACACAACCCAGUCUCCAGGGAAGAGCUGAUGAUGGUUCUGGCUAACCUGGAGCAGCUUCAGAUCCGAGCUCUCUUUUCCCCAAUUUCGUCCUCUGUGUCCCUGCAUCGGGUGAUCCUGGAGAAAACCACAGAGACCGGUGGAAGCAUCCAAGCCAAUAGUGUGGAAUUGUGCCUGUGCCCAGCCAAUUACAGAGGAGAUUCUUGCCAGGAAUGUGCUCCAGGCUAUUACAGAGACAUCAAGGGUCUAUUUCUAGGGAAAUGCAUUCCAUGUGACUGCAAUGGCCAUUCGGAUCAGUGUCUCCCGGGAUCUGGAACAUGCCUUAAUUGCCAACACAACACAGGAGGGGAUCACUGUGAAAGGUGUAAGGAUGGUUUUGUGGGCAACUCUUCCCUUGAGGAACACGUGCAAUGCAUUGGAUGUCCCUGCCCUCUUUCAGUUCCCUCUAACAACUUUGCCACGGGAUGCAUCUACAAAGGCUCCACCACGCAGUGUCUUUGCAAGCCUGGUUAUGCUGGAUUUUCGUGUGAACGAUGUGCUCCAGGUUACUAUGGAAACCCUCUCGUGAUCGGCAGCUCCUGCCAGCCCUGUGACUGCAGUGGGAAUGCUGACCCCAACAUGCUCUUCAGCGACUGUAACACGUUGACAGGGGUCUGCACCGGGUGCAUGUACAACACUGCAGGGCCCCGAUGCGAAAUGUGCGCAGCUGGAUUUUACGGUGAUGCAGUCGUAGCAAAGAACUGCACCGAGUGCAGCUGUCUGCCCUGUGGGACGGACUCGUGUGAUCCUAAAACUGGCCAGUGUCGGUGUAAGCCUGGGGUGACAGGUCAGCACUGUGAUCACUGUCAGGAAGGGUAUUAUGGCUACGAAACCUGCUUGGGCUGCCAAAGGUGUGACUGUGACAUUGGAUCGGUGAGCCCCAAUUGCCAUGCCCAGAAUGGCCAGUGUGAUUGCAGUCCAGGCGUCAGUGGUCCUCGUUGUCAGCAAUGCUCUCCUGGAUACUGGGGGCUCAGUGCAGAUGGCUGCUCCAAAUGCCAGUGUAAAGGAGGCUCCUGCAACCCCCGCACAGGUGAAUGCACCUGUACCAACGGCCUGACAGGGAAGCAAUGUGACACCUGUAUAAAGAAGCAUGAGAUCCCUGUGGUGGAUGGUCCAGACAACAUGAGAUGCGAAGCUUGUGACAGCUGUGUGCUGCUCUUGUUAGAAGAUCUCCAGAAGAUUGAAAGUGAUUUCCCCGCCCUGGAACAUCAGUUGACAAGUCUCAACACCACCUCAAUUGCCUGGGCCCGCCUACACAGCAUCAACGGCUCCAUGCAAGCCAUCACUAGCCAAGUGCGCGAGUACCAGCGAUCCAUCUACAGGGUGAGGCAACAUGCCGACGAACUGGAAGAGGAGAACGCGGAUUUUGUUCAGGAUCUGAACGCGCUUCAGCACAAGGCAACAAUGACCCACAGAAAAGCAAACCGCCUGAUGGAUGUUACCCAGGAGACCUAUCAGCAAGCAGAGAGCCUUGUUCUGAAUGUCACUAAAAUUCAAAAUAAAAUUAAUGAUCUCAUACAUCAGAUGGACACUUUUACCACAGCCAAUGCUAGCUCCACGUCUGCGGAGGAAUUUCGUCAGAAGAUAGCCGAGGUUGAUGCAAUGCUGAGGCACAUGAAAGGCAUGGAUUUUAGUUUCCAGAACGCCAUUGCUGUUGAGGAGCGUGAUGAAACACAGAAUUUGCUGAACCGUGUGAGGAAUGAGCUCUUCAACAAGUUGGAGGCCAACCAACAACUGGUCGAUCAAAUCAAUGGGCAGCUGGAUCAGUACAGUUCAGGUUUGAUGGACCUACGAGAUGCCCUGAAUGAAGCAGUAAAUAAAACCCGACAGACGGAAGAUCUCAACAGCCUGAACCGUAAUCACUUAGAGGAAACCCAGCAAAAGAGCAAGGAAAUGGAGAAACAGUAUGACACAAUCCAAUCUACUUUGAGAAUGGCUAAAGGCUCCUUGGGGAAGAUCUCUGAAUUUCUGCAGACGGUUAUAAAUGCGAAAGAGGAAUCCGAGAAGUUACUAGCUCAGCUAGAUGGAGCCAGAUACCCUCUGUCUGAGAAGGUGAAGGAGUACAUGUUGGCAAGCAACAAGAUCCAGAAGGUGGAGUUGGCAGAAGAACAUGCAAAGCUUCUAGAUGAACUGGCACGAAAUCUCUCCAGCAUUAUCCAUGGCACAAACCAGGAUGGCUUUAUUCAAAGAGCCAUCAAUGCUUCCAAUGCCUAUGCCAGCAUCAUUGAGGCGGUGAAGAAUGCGGAAGAGGCAGCCAGCAAAGCCAUCCAUGCUUCUGAUGAAACUUUGAAGAACGUCCUCAAACAUAAGCUUGGAGACAGAGCGAAAGAGAUGAAGAAAGACAGCAGUGCUUUAGAAGACGCUGUGAAGGAAGAGCAAAGGAAGCUCAGAGGAGUCAAGGGAGCAUUGGAGGCAGCCAGAAACAAAUUGGCUGGCACCCAAACCAAGAAGGAGCAACUUCUGAACCAGCUGAACUCAGCGAAGAACAAGUUGGACAUGGUCCAUGACGAUGCAUCGGAGAAAAUCCAGAAGGCCAAAGACGCAGCCUUAAAAGCCAACGAGACAGUGGCUGCAAUGGAAGGAAAAUUGAGGGACAUGAAAAAAAACGUGGACGAGUGGAAAAAACAGUAUGGAGAUCUAAGAAGUGAAGAUUUGAAUCAAGCUACCCGUGAUGUCAAGAAUACUGUCUCAAGUCUUGAAAGCACCCUCCCAGUCCUCCUGGGAAAGUUGACCAGUCUGGAAAACAGAAGAAGCCACAACGCGACUGUUUUGGACAAUAUCCUACGGGUGCGCCAACUGAUCUCAUUGGCCCGGAAUGCUGUCAGUAAGAUUAAAGUUCCGGUGAAGUUUAACGGCACUUCCGGUGUGCAAAUCCGGACUCCUAGCAAUCUGCAGGAUUUGGCUGCCUACACAUCCCUCAAAUUCUACAUUCAGAACCCGGACUCCAAAAAGAGAGACCAACCACAGGAUGAGUCUACACGCUUCGUGUUGUACCUGGGACAAAAGGAUGCCACUGGGGACUACAUGGGCCUCAUCCUUAAAGACCACAAAGUGGAAUGGAUCUACAAACUAGGAGACGAUGAACCGGCACAUUUGACGGUCGAUGAAGAAAUUGGAGAACAGUUUGCUGCUGUCAGCAUCAACAGGAUCUUGCAGUACGGAUACAUGUCUGUGACAGUGGAGAAGCAAACCUUGCAUGAGACCAAGGGGGACAGCGUUGCCAAAGGAGAACAUGGACUCUUCAACUUCAAGCCCCAUAACACCGUUUUGUACGUGGGUGGCUACCCUUCCAGCUUCACGCCUCCUCUACCUCUGCGCUAUCCUAACUACCGAGGCUGUAUAGAGAUGGAUUCUCUGAAUGAAGAGGUGAUAAGCUUGUACAAUUUCCAGCGCACCUUCCAUCUCGACACCACUGCGGAGAGGCCUUGCACAAGAUCUAAAUCAACGGGCGAUCCCUGGCUGACCGAUGGCUCCUAUUUUGACGGGACUGGAUACGCUGAAAUCACCUUUGAGAGCCAGCAGGGAUCGAUCAAACGCUUUGAGCAGGAGAUGCGGUUGGUGUCCUACCACGGGAUCAUUUUCUUCUUGAAACAUCAGAAUCAGCUGCUGUGUUUGGCUGUUCGAGACGGAAAGCUGGUGUUGUAUUAUGACUUCGGUGGAGGCCUGAACAUGGCGCCCCCUUCAAGGGAUCAGGCCACCCUGAUAGUCAGCAACAACGCAAACAAAGCGAUCCAGCUGUUUCUCCUGAAAAUGGGUUCCAAGGAUCGCGUUUUGGUCCGUCUGGAGCAAUCGACUGUCUUCAUGAUUGAACAAGAAAACGUGUUGCAUGGGGCCACCUCUUAUUAUUUAGGGGGGGUGCCCACUGUCGUCUUGCCCGAAAAACUGAAGAAAAUAUUCCCCAAAGGAGGCUCCAUCAGAGGUUGCAUGAAAGGACUGAAAGCUCUGGGCAAAUACGUGGACUUAAAACGCAUGAACACCACCGGAGUGAGUUACGGCUGCACCUUGGACCUCCUGGUGGCUCGUUCAGUGAAACUUCAUGGCUCCGGCUACUUGACUCUCUCGCUGAGGAACGUCCCUCCGUUGCAAGACUUCUACACUGGUUUUAGCUUCCGUACCAGUCAAAGUCGUGGCUUGCUCUAUCACCAUGAUACCAAGGAAGGGAGCUGCCAGGUUUCCUUGCAAGAUGGCCGCGUGGCUGUCCAUGUCCUGUCCACGCAGCUUACCACCAAGAAUGCCUACGCUGACGAUGCCAGCCACUACGUGGCUAUCUACAGCGAUUCUGCAGGAGUCCGGAUGUAUGUAGAUGAUCAACUUCAGGGAUCCACGGCAGGGCUGAAUCGGGAGAGGAGACAAAAGCGUGAAGCUGAGUUGGGCGUUUUUCACCUGGGCGGUUUGCCCGACCGCAGCGACAUCGGCAACCUUUCAGGCUGCAUUAGCAAUGUCUUCAUCCAGAGGAGAUUGGAAGCUCAGGCAGUUGUGGAUCUGCAGCAGAGCACCGAGAGUUUCAAUGUGACCUGGAACUGCCCCAGAGAUCGCCAACCCCAGCAGAUGAGAGCUCCAGAAAAGAAGAGCAGGUGGAAACCGAAGGUACCAAGCAAGACAAUGCUGAAAGACACAAAUUGCCACCUGCUUAAAGAGCCCAAAGCUAUUAAAGAUGCCUUCCAGUUUGGUGGAUCCCCUGUCAGCCGCUUAGAGUUCAAUAAAAUACCAGGAAUUUUACAAGAAAGGUUUCAUUUCUCCAUGGAGUUGAGAUUGAACUCCUCCAGUGGCCUGCUUUUCUACAUGGCUAAUGAAUCCCUGGGCUCCUUCUUCUCCCUUUUUGUCUCUAAUGGACGCUUGGUGCUUUUGGCUGAUACCAACGGACAUAAACUGAGACUCCGGACCAAAGAAAAGUACCACGACGGCAGAUGGCACACGGUCUUCUUCAGCAGAGAUAGGAACAGAGUUCAGCUGGUCAUGGAUGGACUGAGAUCCCUGGAGAAAUUGCUGCCAGCCACUGUCAACUUUGGGAUCUCUGGCCCCUUUUAUGUGGGGGGAGCACCACUGGCCAAAGCCAAGGCUCAUAUACCAGACGCUUCUGCCAGUAGCUUUAAGGGUUGCCUCAGGCACCUAAAACUGGACAAAAAGCCUCUAAAUUCACCCUCCCGUGUGUUCGCUGUGACCCCUUGUUACGUGGGCCCUUUGGAAACAGGCGUUUUUUUCUCCGUUGAAGGAGGACACAUCACACUAGAUAGGUCGGUAGCCAUUGGUCAAGAUUUUGAGAUGACGUUGGAGAUACGACCACGGAGUUCAUCUGGCUUGAUAUUUCACAUAGGAAGACAAACAAACUAUCUCAGGCUAUCUACUGACAGCCAAAAGGUUACAGUGACCGCAAAUACAGGAACCGGAGAAUUCUACACUUCUGUGUCCCAGCCUUCCCUCUGUGAUGGCCAAUGGCAUACAAUCACAGUCAUCAAAGGAAGCAACAUGAUCCAACUGGAUGUGGAUACCAAAGCGAAUUACACAGUGGGUCCAAACGAGGUCCGUGGUACAGCGGACAAAGAAAGCAUUUAUCUUGGUGGAACGCCAGAACUCGCUUCACUAUCCCAUAUGCGUCAUCCUCCGUUUGUGGGUUGCAUGAAGAAUAUGGUGCUCAACCGAAACCCAAUUGACAUCAGGCAAGCUGGCUCAACCAGGGGCUCCGUAGGGCUCAGUGGGUGCCCGACUGGGUAACCGAAGCUUCCUGGCAUGUGUCAAAUCAGAGCCGCAGAUGGGUUCGUCACCCUCCCAGAAGGCGGGCGGAACGUCGUGAUGCAUCUCCUUGCCAAACGAAAACACAGGGUUCCACAAAAAGAGUGUAUAUAGAGCAAGAGGAAGAGCUGCGGUGGGGUUCUCGGCUGUGCUCGUUAAUUUGUAAUAUAUUUGCACAUUUCUUCCAG